CAAUGUGUUUUUUCAACUCGGACUCAACUCCUCCCUCCAGAAACCUGAUUAAGUUGCUCUGAGCUUUAAUAGUCGGUCACGUCUCAGACAAACAAGGAAGAAAUCUGAGAAGCUCGACUUUGGGAAGGAGAGGAAACUUCUACCUGGAGCUACACAAACCGGCUGUUGGUUAUGGGGGACAUCAAGAAAGGGAAGAAGGCGUUUGUCCAGAAGUGUUCCCAGUGUCACACAGUGGAAGAGAAAGGGCGCCACAAGGUGGGACCCAACCUGUGGGGCCUGUUUGGGAGGAAGACAGGUCAGGCACCUGGCUUCUCCUACACACAGGCCAACAUUAACAAAGGAAUUAUAUGGGACGAGGAAACGCUCAAUGUCUACCUACAGAACCCAAAGAAGUACAUUCCUGGUACCAAGAUGAUCUUCAGUGGCAUCAGAAAGAAAACGGAAAGAAAGGAUAUCAUAGCUUAUCUAAAGGACGCCACCUCCUAAUAAGUGACAUGUAGAACAAACAGGCCGUGGACAGAUGCGUUACACUGAGGGUUUUUUUUACGGGGUUUCACGCACUUUGCAUUUUUUGCCACUUUACUACCUGCUGGGUAUGUUUCUGUUAAUGUGUUUUUUUCUGCGUGUUUGUGUUGAAUGGUGCUGGACAGACUAGUUGAUUUUAUCCGACUUUUAUUGUUGUAAAAUCUCAUUUUGAAAUGAGAAUUCUUUGCACCAAUAUACUUUCUGAAUACUUUGUUCUUUGAUUGUUAUUGACAUAAGACCAGCAAGGUGUGAUAGAUUUGUCAUUUACUGUCAAACAUAUUCUGCUGUUGAAUAAGGGACCAUGUUAUUUUUGUAUCUUUGUAAUGUUUUCUCUUUUUUUUACUGUUUUACUCUGCCAUUACUUUUCUAGACAAUGCAUUGACCUUGACUUGAGGAAGCAGAUGUGACAAAUACAUACUAAUUUGGUCAAAUA